UAAAGUGAUUUUAAUAUUCUUGUACUAUUUUCGUCAACAGACAUACCGGCAGUUCGUAGGCAUUCGUAGGUCGCGAUGUUUAAAAGACACGUGUUGACGAGAACUGCAUGUAAUUAAGCGUCAUAACGCUUAAUUAUCCGAGAAUGGAGAAACUCUGUCCACUGUGUAAAAAGAAGGGUAUUAGGAGAAGGAUCAAGGCAUUUCAGGUUAAUAUGGAAGAAGCGAUGUGGUCCUGUGAGGCGGAAGAAUGCCCCUGGCCGAUGGGUUACGAGGAUCUGAUAUUCUUUCCUAGAGUAGCUACCUCCUGCAACUGGGAGGAAUCAAGUUUCGCUAAAGAGGAUGUUCCUGUACCAGUGGACUUUACGCUUUAUACACCACCUGAAACUCCUGGAAGCGAACUUACCAAAGAAUUGACCGAGAUAACAAGUGCUGAAUAUUCAUCAUGUCCUACAAUGAAAGAUAAAAUUGAAACAGUGCCUGAAUGUGAAUUCGUUACCUCAACAAAGGAAUCUACUGAUUCUAAUAAAUCAUCACUAUUUGAAUCAUUUGAAUUAGCAGACAUUAACUCUAAAGAAAGCAAAAAUAUGAACAAACAGAUUGUAGAUGUUAAGAUAGUGCCCAAGAUUGUUAACAUCGAAAAGACUAAUAUUAAUCUUAAGAUUUUUUCUAAUAUUGAUAACAAUUGUGAUAAUAGAAAACUACAGGAAUGUAAUUAUCCAUUCAUGAAUACAAGCGUAAUGGAUACUUUCAAGAAUCUUGAUAUAUCUAAUAAUAAGUAUACAGAGGUUGGUUUAAGUCAGCAGUACAAUACCACAAACGAACAGAAUGAAAACGAUAAAUUGCAAUUGGAUGCAACAGUAAAUGAGGUCAAAACAGAUGUUGGCGCAGAGACAUUAUCAAAAGCUAAGAAUACGUUAGUCGACCUAGAUACUACAGUUACCUUAGAUACAACAAACCAGUCUACAGAGAAUACUUUGGACACAUUGGAUACAAUAUUGGAAGAUAUUAUUAAAAAUAAAAGCAAUUUACCUAAAGACUCAAAUGAUGAUUGGUUAAACAAGUUGAUGAGUUGAUGACAGUAACUUACAUUUAUUAUUAUUAUUUAAUAGCUUGUAUUUUGAACAAAGACUGAAAGAUGUGACGAAGGAGAUCAAA